AUGUCUUCCACGCGCCAGCGCGGGAAUAAAUCGACAAAUGACAAAAUAAUACUCGUCCCGCCAUGGGCUGGUGAUGAACCGUCAACGAGCCAGCCGCACGACGAGUAUGAAGAGCAUGGGCGCACUGGCCCUGUUGAGCUCUUCCACGCCUCCACCACAGACCUCACCCACCAGCUAUACCCAACGCAUUCGCAAGCGACCAGUGCCGAUCUCAAGUGGUGGAAGCUGACGCUACCUGCGAAGCUAAAAGAGAAGGAGAGAGACAGAGAAAGAGACAGAGACAGGGAAAGAGAGAAGCCUACGUCGAGCCCGAUAAACCCGAUGCGAGCGUCUUCCGAUAGCGAUCACGAUGGCAGCGCAAGUCCUAGUGCUAGAAUAGGGCCUUCAAAUCUGGCCCAAUUGCACGACCAGACGCACCAGAUGCAUCCUCCCCGCUCCCAGCUGUCCUCUUUCGACGAUAGCUUCAUUGAACGUCCUAGCACGUCUUCCCAGCAACACCCCACGCUGAGAUCACACAACAGACUAGCGAAAAAGGAACUCGACAAUGCAGCUCUCUAUCGACGACGCAAAUUGGGAAGACGUACUAAAAAAGAUAAGCUGCGUAAAUUUCUUCUUCAUUCCGCAUACGUACCUCUUUUGUUCAGAAGCUUGAAUCUCGGUUUCACUACUGCUACACUCGCUGUGUGCAUUCGUCUUCGCUUGCUCGAGGGCAGACAUGGUGUAGUCGGUAUUUCUGGCGCGGGCGCUAUCAUCGGCAUCAUUUUCGCACCUAUGACUCUCACACACGUUAUGGUGUCUAUAUAUCUGGAGUAUUUCUACGGUCGUCCUAUCGGUAUUUGGGGCAUUCGCUCUAAAAUGGCUCACACUCUUCUCGAUUUGGUAUUUAUUUGCUUCUGGUCCGCUGAGCUGUCGCUUGUGUUUGAUAAUUACUUCACUUCCCUCCUCAGUUGCAGCACCAAGUCAGCCUGGUGGUCUAAUGUCACACAGGCUAACGAACGUACUACCGACUCUCUCAUCAAUGAAAUUGAGCAGGGUACCAUGUGCAACUAUCUCGGUGCUCUCAUAGGACUGGUGUUUGUUGGGAUGGUUUUGUACCUCGUCAACCUUAUUGUCAGUCUUUAUAGGAUUUACGAGCGUGUGCGAUUACACCAAGUGUUGUAUAACGAAUCUUCUUAG